CCAACAUGGCGGCGGCGGCGGCUCCUCCCGCUUCCCCGCCGGGCCCCGCUUCCUCACCGGGCCCCUCAUCCCCGCCGGGGCCCCGUUCGCCGCCGCCGCCGCCGCCCCCCCCUCAAGAUGUCGGCGGCGGCCCGGUCGCGCGAGGCGUGACGUAGUCAGGCCCCGCCGGCGGGAGGGGGGCGGGGGAGCGGCCGGAGCGGCGCAGGCGGCGGGACCGGGACCGGGAGCGGGACCGGGAGCGGAACCGGGAGCGGCGGCGGCGGCGGGCGGAGUCCCGGGGCGGCUCCUCAGGGCGUCAUGGCCCCGGCGCGGCGGCGGCGGCGCGGGGCGGGCGCGGGGCGGCGGCGGCGCUGAGCGGGAGCGGCCCCGCGGGCGCGGCCCCGGGGGUUCGGUCCGGUGGUGCCGGCAGUCCCCGCAGCGCCGCGUGCUGCUCGGCGCGGCGCCGCCGUCCCGGCGCGGAAUGGCCGAACGCAUCGACGACACCGACGACGCCGACAACGCCACCGUGACCCUCCCGAUGCCACCAGAGCCCGACCCCGACACCUUCCCCGACACCUUCCCCGACACCUUCCCCGCCCCGGCGCGUCCCCGGCGCGCCGAGGAUCCCUCCGGCUUCUACCGCGACGCCAAAACCGACGACGCCGACGCGGCGCCGGACGCGUUCUUCGGCGUCGAGGGCGAGGAGGAGCCCGGCUGCUUCUCCUCGCCGGCGCGGCACGAGCCCGGCGUGGGCCUGGAAGCGCACCACGAGCCCGAUGAGCCCGACCCCGCCCUGUCCGGAGCCGUCCCGGCCGCGGCGCACCGGACACAGCUCGGCGCGGCGGCCGAAGCGCCGCCGCCGUUCCCGCUGUUCCGGCCAUUGACCGCGGCCGCGGCGUGGCCGCCCGAGGGACCGUCCGAAAGCACUUUAGACUCGGCGCGGCCGGACGCGGCGCCGCCGGACAGCGACCGCGCCGAACCGGCGCCGGGAUCGCCUGAGGAUCGGCAUGGUGAGACGGAACCGAAGCCCGGCGCCGAACCGCGCCACCGCGGCGUCCAGCGGCUGGAGUGGAUCUCCAGGAGCCCCAGCCCGUCCUUCCACGACCCAACGCCGGACAAUGCGGCCGUUUCGGCGUUCCGCGCUCCGCCCGGCCGGGACGCGGCGCCGGCGUCGCGCCGAGCCAAAGCCAAACCCUCGGAGAGCCGCCGGCGCCGCGCCGAGCCGGAUGCGGCCCCGUGGGCGCCGCCGCAGCCGGAGGCGGUGGGGACGCAGACGUGGACGGUGAACGCCGAGGCCUCGGUGGAGCCGCGUUGCCGGGACGACGCGCCGGAGCCGGAGGACGCGCCGAGCGUCUUCACCUGCAUCGAGUGCAGCAUUUAUUUCCGGCGCCGGGAGCACCUGGUGGAGCACACGCUGCAGCACAACCGCGGCGCCGCGCGCGGCACCGACGCGCCCCACGGCCAACUCCGCUGCGCCGAGUGCGGCUGGACCUUCGGCGAGCCGGCGGCGCUGGAGCGGCACCGGCGGCUGCACCAGGAGUCGCGGGAGAGGAUCAUGGAGGAGAUCCGGAAGCUGAACGGGUUGCCGGACGGGUUGCCGGACGGGUUGCCGGACGGGUUGCCGGACGGGUUGCCGGACGGGUUGCCGGACGAGGGCCGCGAGGCGCGGCUCCAGUGCCCCAAGUGCGUCUUCGGCACCAACUCCUCCAAAACCUUCGUGCAACACGCCAAGAUGCACGUCCAGGAGCGCAAGGAGCACGCCGGGAGGAGCGCCGGCGUUUUCGGCGAGCGUCGCGACGCCGCCGCGAUCUACAAACCCUUCGCGGCCGAAACGCCGCCGGUGACGCCGCCCGGCAAAGCGCCGAGCGCCGCCUGCGCCCUCUGCGGCUUCCCGGCGCCCGACCGGCGCGUCCUCAAGGAGCACCUGAGCUUCGCCCACUCCCACCUCUCCUGGCGGCGCGACGGCUUCGAGGACGACGCCGACCAGCCCGGCACCAGCCGCGACUCCUACGGUUGUUUCGGCGACGCCGACGCGUUCGGCAAAGCCGAGAAGGGAUUUUCGGAGCGGCUCUUCUCGCCGACGCCGUGCCGGGAGGAUCCGGCGCUCUACGAGUCCACCACGACCGUCUUUGGGUCGGACAAGACGGAACCGCACGGGUUCCACCACGCCAGGAAGGCGCCGCCGCACCAAAAUUCGGCGUUGGGCGGUUUCUCCUCGCCCAAACCCUUCCCACAGCCACCACGGAGAAGAUCCACCACCCAACACCCCGAUGGUGACGGUGGCACCGAGGACGAGCCGGAACCGCGGCACCGCCACGCCGCCGCCGUGCCGCGCGCCGCCAUGGAGCUGAAGAGGAGUUUCGGCGCCGUUUUGAGGGACGUGGACCCGGCGGUGGCCUCGGAGGAGCAGCGGCGGCAGCUGAGGACGGCGGUGCCGGUGGUGGUGCUGGAGGAGCUGCGCGGUCGCCGCGGCGGCGCCGGCAAAAAACCGCGGGGAAAAGCGCUGAAGAGAAAACCGGCAUCGGCAUCGGUGGUGGCAUCGGCGUUCCUGCCGGAGGAACCGCUGCCGUUGGACGUUCUCCUGCUGGAGGCACCUCUGGAAGCUCCUCUGGAGCUGGAGGAGCUUCUGGGCUCCUCCAUGCUGAGGAACGAGGAGAGGAAAUGUCCCUAUUGCCCCGACCGGUUCCACAACGGCAUCGGUUUGGCCAACCACGUCCGCGGCCACCUCAACCGCGUCGGCGUCAGCUACAACGUGCGGCACUUCAUCUCCGCCGAGGAGGUCCAGGCCAUCGAGCAGAAGUUCUCCUUCCAGAAGAAGAAGAAAAAAGUGGCCAACUUCGACCCGGGCACGUUCAGCCUGAUGCGCUGCGAGUUCUGCGGCGCCGGUUUCGACACGCGGGCGGGGCUGUCCAGCCACGCCCGCGCCCACCUGCGCGAUUUCGGCAUCACCAACUGGGAGCUCACCGUGUCCCCCAUCCACAUCCUCAAGGAGCUCCUGGCCACCGCCCCCGAGCACCCGGCGCUGCUUCGGGCCAUGGGGGCCUCUCCCGGCCGCGACCUCCACCGGGACCUCCACCGGGACCUCCACCCGGAUCUCCAACGGGACCUCCACCCGGAUCUCCAACGGGAUUUCCAUCCGGAUCUCCACCCGGAUCUUCACCGGGAUCUCCACCCCGAUCACCGGGAUCUCCACCAGGAUCUUCACCAGGAUCUCCACCAGGAUCUCCACCGGGAUCUCCACCCGGAUCUCCAUCCGGAUUUCCACCCCGAUCACCGGGAUCUCCAUCAGGAUCUCCACCAGGAUCUCCACCAGGAUCUCCACCAGGAUCUCCACCAGGAUCUCCACCAGGAUCUCCACCAGGAUCUCCACCAGGAUCUCCACCAGGAUCUCCACCAGGACCUCCAGUGGGAUCUCCACCGGGACCUGCCGAAACCGGCGCCGUUCCCGCCGCCGUGGGGGGACGGAGCUCUGCAGAACUACAGGGACGUUCUGGCUCCCGACGAGGACGAUUUGGUGGCCAUGGAAGUGACGUCCCCUCCUCCCAUUCCCAAAAAAUCCGGGAAUUCGGCGCUGGAGCCGCCCCCGCCCCGCCUCGGGACCAAACUGAGCCCGGAGCCCCCCGGCAGCAAAGCCGAGCCCCAGGACUCCAAAGCCCCCAGCCUGACCACCUGCGAGGUGUGCGGCGCCUGCUUCGAGACCCGCAAGGGUCUGUCCAGCCACGCCCGUUCCCACCUCCGCCAGCUCGGCGUGGCCGAAUCCGAGAGUUCCGGGGCGCCCAUCGACCUCCUCUACGAGCUGGUGCGGCACAAACCCAAACCCGAGGGCGCCUUGGCCAAAAAAUCCGCCGGUUCCCCCAAAGAGCCGCCGCCGCCGCGGCCGCCGCUGCUGCUGCUGCCCAAAUCCGAGGGUGCCGUCAACAAAGCCAUCAAAUCCCCGCCGGGCUUCGGCUCCCCGGGGCUCCGGAAGGCGCUGCCGGCGUCACCCAAGGGUGCUGAGGAGAAGGGGGCCAAGCUGGCGCUGAGCCCGAUGCCCGCUGAGGGAAAGUGGGUGCCCGAGGAGGACGGGCCGCUGAAUCUUACCUCGGGCUCGGAGCCGUGCCGCGACAUCCGCUGCGAGUUCUGCGGGGAGUUCUUCGAGAACCGCAAGGGGCUGUCGAGCCACGCGCGCUCCCACCUGCGGCAGAUGGGGGUGACCGAGUGGUACGUCAACGGCUCUCCCAUCGACACCCUCCGCGAGAUCCUCACCCGCCGCCGCUCCGGCCACCCCAAACCCCUGACCAAGAGUCUCCUGGCCGGGCUGACCCCCCUGGAGCCCCCACGGCCGCCGGGGCCGGAGCUGCACCUGCCCGGGCUGGGCAAGAAGCUGCUGAGCGCCCCGGGAGCGGCGCCCGGCGCGGCCUCGCCGCCGCCCACCGCGCGGAAAAUGUUCCCCGGGCUGAGCCUGCACAAGAAGAUGAAGCAGGAUCAGCUCAGGGUGGAGAUCAAGAGGGAGAUGAUGGCGGCGGGAGGAGGAGGAGGAGGAGGAGGAGGAGGAGGAGGAGGAGGAGGUGGGAUCCAUCCCGGAGAGGCGCCAGCGCCGCCGGACUCGGCCUGGGCGGCGCACGAGGAGAUGGCGCCGCUCAACCUGUCCUCCCGGGCAGACCCGGUGCGCGACAUCCGCUGCGAGUUCUGCGGGGAGUUCUUCGAGAACCGCAAGGGGCUGUCGAGCCACGCGCGCUCCCACCUGCGGCAGAUGGGGGUGACCGAGUGGUCGGUGAACGGUUCUCCCAUCGACACCCUCCGGGAGAUCCUCAGGAAGAAAUCCAAACCCUGCCUCAUCAAGAAGGAGCCGCCGGCGCCGCCGGGGAUGGAGCCGGCCGAGGACGGCGCCGAGCCCAAACCGCCGCUGCCGGGCAAAGCGCUGCCCCCGGGCUUGGCACUGGGCAAACCGGGCUCGGGUCUGGCCUUGGCACCGCUGGGAUCCAAAAAUCCCGGAGCGUUCCUGGCCACCAAGAGGCCGCUGGGCGAGGAGAGGCUGGGCGGGCACGGCGAGGCCAAGCACAAAGCCUUCGAGCUGGGCUUCAAGGCCAAGGCUCUGCACGACAAGGCCUGUGAGUCCUCAGGGGAGGCCUGCUGCGAGCUCUGCGGGCUGUACUUCGAGAACCGCAAGGCCCUGGCCAGCCACGCCCGGGCGCACCUGCGGCAGUUCGGCGUCACCGAGUGGUGCGUCAACGGUUCCCCCAUCGAGACGCUGCGGGAGUGGAUCCGCCACCGGCCCCACAAGGCCGGCGCCUACCGCAGCUACAUCCAGGGCGGCCGCCCCUUCUCCAAGAAGUUCCGCAGCUCGGCGCACCCACGGGAGCCCCGCGGCGCCCACGCGGUGCCCUUCGCGCCCAAGGGUGGGCUGGCGGCUGAGGCGGCGCUGGGAGAGGGUCCCAAGGGCGCCGAGGGCACCGAGAGGGCGCUGGGCUCACCCCUGGGGCUGCUCAAGGUGGAGGAGCAGAGGGGCAACUUCAGCAAGUUCGAGCGGCGCCAGGCGCGGCCCCCGGAGCCGCCGCAGCCCCGGGACACCGACGGCGGCGCCGAAUUCCCGCGGAAACUUCCGGAGCCGCGGCCGCCGCCGCGCGUGCGCCCGGUGCCGGCGCUGGUGCCGCGCCCGCCGCAGACCUCGCUGGUCAAGUUCGUGGGCAACAUCUACACCCUCAAGUGCAGGUUCUGCGAGGUGGAAUUCCAGGGCCCUCUGUCCAUCCAGGAGGAGUGGGUGCGGCACCUCCAGCGCCACAUCCUGGAGAUGAAUUUUUCCAAGGCGGAUCCGUGUCGGAACGAGGCGCCCCCGGAGCCUCCGGCCCUUCCCGACGCUCCCUGAGGCUUCUCCCAAAAUUCCCAAAAAUCCCAAAAAAAAAACCCGGAAAAUUCCGCCCGGGAGCGGCGGCGGAUUCCAGGAGCACUACACCCAUCCCGGCGGGAAUUCCCCGGGAAUUCCCAAGAACAAAAAUUCCCAAAUUUUUUUAUCCCAAAGAACCGGCGGCGGCGUCUCGGCGGCGCCCCGGGGAGGGAAUUCCCGGAAUUCCCGGAAUUCCCGGGGGGAAAAGUUGUGGAUUUUGUACAUUUGGAGCUGUAAAUUCCCUUUUUUUUUUUUUCGGUUUUUUUCCCGUUUUUUGGGGUUUUUUUUGGUUUGUUUUUUUAGAUGUCGGGAUUGCCUCAAUUCCCGGGUUGCAUGUUCCCAAAAUUCCCAUUUUUUCCCCAAGCAAAUCCCGCGGGAUUCUCCCAAAAUUCCCCCGGCGGCGGAUCCGGGAAAUCCCGCGGGAAUGAAUCCCCAAAAUUCCGGGAAGAUUCGGCUCCGUUUUUUUCCCCCAAAUUCCCGUUUUUUUGUUGUUUGUUUUUUCCCGUUUUUUUCCCCCAAAUUCCCGUUUUUUGUUGUUUGUUUUUUUUUCCCGUCGUUCUCGGUUUUAUUCCCGUUUUUUCCCUCCUCAUCCCGAAUUUUUUAAACUCUAGAUUUGUGUAGAAAUCCAAGGGAAAAAAAAAAUAAAUCCAUUUUUAUUUGGGAAUCCCGAAACUUCCGGAUUUCGGAAGGAAUUUUAACGGAGAAAUAUUUUGGGUUUUUUUUUCCUGUUUUUUUUUGUUUUUUUGGUUUUUUUUAAUUUUAUUUCCACGUUUUUCGGGACGUUUCCGGCGGUUCCUGUACCCGGGGCUGGAGAACGAUGGAUUAAAUUCUUCUGGAGAUGAA